AUGUCCUCGCCUACGCUCUUCGAACAACUCUCGCACUACGUUCUCGAUGGCAUUUGGCAAUUCGGCAAUUGCUUCAACUGCUUCCCUUCCAACCCGUCGUUAAAGAUCAACGGACGAAGUCUAAAGAUCCUCCGCCUGUUAGGAGAAGGUGGCUUCAGCUAUGUCUACCUGGUUCAAGCGGCGAACGAUCCGACGCUAUAUGCGCUGAAGAAAAUCCGAUGUCCAUUCGGCCAAGAAAGUGUUGCGCAAGCACUGAAAGAGGUGGAGGCGUACAGCUUAUUUGCGCCGCAUCCGAAUAUCAUUCAUGCGAUCGAUCACAGCGUGGAGAGCGAGAGAGGUGGAGGCGACCCUGGGAGCAAGACAGUUUAUAUCCUACUACCGUACUACAGGAGAGGGAACUUACAAGAUGCGAUCAAUGCGAACCUGGUGAACCGCGCGCGAUUUCCCGAGCGAAGGCUGAUGGUGCUGUUUCUCGGGGUAUGCAGGGCGUUGAAAGCGAUGCACCAGUAUCGCGUGAAAGGCGCGCCAGGCGGCGAGGCAAGUCGGAAGAAGGCCAAGAAGGUACGACAGGAGGCUACAGAAGCUGAUCGAGAAGCGCAAGAAGAAGCAGUACAUGCGAAUCAGGGAAGAAGGCGAAAAGAGCGGGAAGAUGGUGACGUUGAGCAAGAGCCAUUGAUGGAGGGAGAAGUCAUGGCCGCACAAGAAGGCGUUGCGGAAGGCGAGAUGAGGAGCUACGCGCAUCGCGACAUCAAGCCCGGCAACAUUAUGAUAUCGGAUACGGGCACACAACCUAUUCUGAUGGAUCUCGGGUCUCUUGCGCCUUCGCCGACGCCAAUAACGAGCAGAGCGCUCGCAUUGCAAGUGCAAGAUCAGGCAGCGGAGCACAGUACGAUGCCUUACCGUGCACCAGAACUCUUCGAUGUCAAGACAGGAACAGUGAUCGAUAGCAAAGUCGACAUCUGGAGUCUGGGAUGUACACUCUAUGCAUGUUUGGUUGGCAAAUCCCCAUUCGAAGCGCGGAGUGAGGAGACUGGCGGCUCAUUAUCUCUCUGCGUACUUGGCGGCGACUGGCGCUUCCCAGACGAAGGUCCCGCAGAAGCAAAGCGUGGAAAGCAGCGGGUCGUUGAUGCGGAGGCACAGAGUAAGAAAGAAGAUUCUAUCUCAGGGCCCGUCAAGGAAGUCGUCAGGCAAUGCCUGAUUGUUGAGCCCACAGAGCGACCAGACAUUGACCAAUUGAUUGAGAUGGUUGAGGGCGUGAUCGAACAGCUACCAGAUGAUGGCGAUGCUGCUUUGGACAUGGAGUGA